AUGCCUUCUUCCAACAAUUCCUCUUUGAAUGCCGCUUCCCGGGAUGAGGAGGAGGAGCGAGAACCUUUCUUUCGCAGUAUAUCAGAAAGAGAAAACGCACCUGUGCAUGUACGCUUUAGUAUAAGAGAAACAUUACGAAGACUUUUAUAUUCGUAUAAAUUACGAUCCAAAUUGAGUAUUGCCCUUUUUAUCGCAUAUCAUCUAUUUCAUAUUGGAGUCAUUAUUAUUAUUCUAUUCUCUCCACUCACAAUUCGAUCACUCUUAUUUCAAACUGUAGAUGAUCUGGAGAUGCCGCUUACUAAAUAUGAUCCAAGUGGAACACGGGUAGCCAGUAUCUGGGAAGUAGAUUCCACUCACUUUACAUGGGGAAGUUCAAAUCAUAAUAAUCCAUUAUUGCAUCUUGACUAUAAAAAUAAAAAAAUAAUGAAUGAACAUAGUGGAGAAUCUUUUUUCACAUGGGAAGCAUCUCCUUUUUCCCUAUUGAUGUAUUAUUAUCUUUAUAUAUUGGCAUCUCUUUUCAUUCUAGUUAUGAUUACAGGAGGUAGAAUCACGGGUCAUUUUGCCUUAUUACAACUUAUAUGCGGUGGAAUGGAAUUGGUGUGGUUUAUUUUACAUGAACCCCCUUCUUUUGCAGUAUUUUUCUGGCUUUCUCAUAUUUCUUCUUUACUUCCUUAUCCAUAUGUACCUUUUAUAAAAAUACAUACCAAUGGAGAAGUUACCUAUCAUGUAUUUAAUUGGACAGCAGUAUCUAGUAAUACAUCCUUAUCUACUUCACAACUACAGUUACGAGAAGAAAUAUAUAUGAUUCCAUACAAUAAUACAUUGGAAACUAUUGUCUUUUACACAACUACUAUUUUUCUGUUUAUUCUCGUCUGUUGUCUGACGGUGAGUUUUCAACGAGUGUUGGAUGCUCUUCUCGGUAUACAGCAACUUGGUGUCCCUGAUGGCUAUAGACGAUGUCCACUUUGUGGAGAGGAGUGGGAAAUUGCUCUUGAAUCAGCAGGAAAAAGUAAAAAGAGAAAUAAUACUAUUGGUAAUGAUAAUACUAAUAAUACUAAUAAUAAUAAUAAUAAUAAUGAGGAUGAUAAUGAUGAGGAAGAAGAGGAAGAGGAAGAGUAUGAACUUAAUGCUACUACGACUAUGGGUCUUCCAAAUAUGACUAUAGCCUUUCCAGCCUCACAUCGACACUUUUCACAACACCGUUGUCGAAAAUUAUUUCAUGAUAAAAAUGGUAGUGAUGGUUUUCUUGAUUCUACAGGUUGGGGAAGUUCUUCCAUGUUGGACCCACUUGCACUAGAUCAUGAUAGUAGUGAUGAUCAUGGGGAUAAUAAUAAUAAUAACGAUGAUGAUGAUGAUGAUGAUGAUAAUAACAAUAUGGGGAAUAAGAAAAAUAACAGUAAGAGGGUAAAAGCUUUAAGGUUUAAAAUCAAUCGUAGUCUUGCUUUCCCACUUUCGUAUGGAACUAUGAACACGACUACGCAACCUGUUGGAGAACGCGUAUUGUAUGAUCCCUUUACGGAUAAACAAGAUGAAUUUCGUCCUGGAAAUGUUUUUCCUUCUCUUGAAGAUGCUGGAUGGAUGGAUCGGGUAACAUAUAGUUGGCUUAAUCCAUUAAUGAGUUUUAGUGUAAUUAAUAGAGAUGUUCUUAGACAUGAACGUUUUCUUCCCUCUUUACCUGAAGAUUUCACCUCUUUACAGAAUAUUGCUACACCAGCAUGGCAGUUGUGGGUAAAUCGUGGACAAUGGUAUGGAAAAAAAAAGAAGGAAAAUAAUAAUAAUAAUACUAAUACUAAUAAUAAUAGUAUUAAUAAUAAUAAUAAUAAUAAUGGCAAUGGUAGUGUAGAUUCUAUUGAGUUUGGUACACACAAUAGUAAUAAUAAUAAUAAUAAUAAUAGUAAUAAUAAUAAUAAUAAUGAUGAUGAUGAUGACAGUUCAGAUGAUAAGACAUUUGCAGCGACAAAUCAACCUCGUGUAUUAACAAGUGCAAAGUUAAGACCCAAACGACCUAAACGUAGUUUCUUGGAAAAUACAGUGCGUUUCUUCGCUACUCCAGUAUAUUGGUUAUUGGGUAAAACAUUUAUGUGUUUUUUUGUUGGCUGCGGAGAAGAUGAAAUACAGGUGAACAAGGAUGAGGAAAUUGAGAAGUUACGAAAAAAACAAGACAAGAGUGAUAAUAAUAAUAAUAAUGAUGAUAAUGAUAAUGAUAAUGAUAAUGCUAUGAGUAGUACCGUUACAAGUGAUGAGACUUCCAUAUCAGAGAAAAUGGAAAAGAAAGUCAAGUUCAAUAGGAAAUCUACAGAUGUUGGACUCUUUACAGUUUUUCUAGAUCAUCGAUGUGGUCGUCGUUUUGUAUAUUCAUGUGUUCCAUUACGUAUUCUUUCAGACUUGUUAAGUCUUUCAAUGCCUAUUAUUAUCUAUUAUCUUGUUACCAUCAUGGAAGGAAAAGAUACCGUAGAUGUGGGAAAUGCACUUCACAUAUGUGGAGUUCUCUUCCUUGUCCUGUUAACUCGAGCUGUAUUACAGCAAGAGUAUAUGAGUCAAUUAUAUCUUUCCUCAUUAGAAGCCGGUACAGCUAUUAAAUCACUUAUAUUAGAAAAAACAUUAGCCUUACCUUUAGCACAACGUACUUUUACAGAAGCUGAAGUUAUUCAUCUCGUUACUGUAGAUGCCCCACGUUGUAGUCAAACGUUACUUCAAUUACAUCAAUAUUGGAGAUGUCCAUGUUUCGCUAUAGCUUCUCUUUAUGUUUUACAUAUAUAUGUAGGAACUAUUUCCACGCUGGCUGCUUUACUUGUUAUGCUUCUUUCUAUUCCAUUACAACGUAUAGCGGGAAGAUAUGUACAUACUGCACAAGAACAACGUACAUCUCGUACUGUAGAUCGUGUGGAACUUGUGGGUGAGGCGGUUACAUCUAUGCGGCAAGUAAAGGCGAUGGGUGUAGAGAAUGUCUAUUUACAUCGUAUUCACAUGGCACGACAACAGGAAACAGAAGGGGAAAUUACAGUGGUUCAGGCAUUAGCAAGAGCAGCAUGUAUGACGGAAGUCUUUGGAAUAUUACUUUCUUCUGUUUGUUAUGCUGUUUAUCAUUUCACUGGUGGUCCACUCACUGUACGAGUGGUGAUUCCAGCACUGGUGGCUUUAAAUCUUCUUCGCAGUGCGGUGAGUGAGUGGUCUGCCGUGAUGACAACAGUCCCAGGUGGAUACACAUCCUUCCGUCGUAUUGAAUCUUAUUUACAACAAACCCCCGAUGAGUUUAUUGGCACUUGGGUGGAUUUAACAGCCGAGUGGUCGCAAAAUCGCGGAACGGUAAUUUGUCAAGGAUCCUCCUUCACUUGGCAAGCCGAUCACACACAGGAAGUGCCCAGACCGAUAUUGCGGGAUGUACAUAUGCAUAUACGCCCUGGUGAACUGGUAGUACUACAGGGACCACUGGGUGCUGGGAAGAGUACAUUGUUGUUGGCCAUACUGGGUGAAGUCAAUCGCUGCGGUGUGGGACUCUCCACUACUACUGCUGCGGCUUCUGCAAUUAAUAUAACAACAACAGAAGUACCCGUUAUGAUUAAUACAACUGGGCCAGUAGAUGAAACCGCAAGUGUACAUUCCGAUGCGGGAUCGGCAAAUGUUUCUAUUACAUCUUCUACAAAUACACGUAUUCGAUGUGUUCGCUUUGAUGGGACACAAUCUUCUUCAGAUGGUUUUUAUGUCUUUGGACGGGCUGUGUAUUGUCCAGAAACUCCAUGGUUGCAGAAUGAUACCAUACGAGCCAAUAUUGUGGCAGAUGAUACUUAUAAUCCACGUUGGUAUCAAACCGUCAUUAAAGCCUGUGCUCUUCAGGAAGAUUUUGAUGCUCUUGAGAAGGGAGAUGACUCUGUAGUAAGUGAUAAAGGAGUACAACUCUCAACCGGACAAAGAGUACGAGUGGCAUUAGCACGGGCUUUAUAUGCACGGGCAGAUGUAUAUGUAUUGGAUAAUGUACUUUCCUCUUUAGAUGCUCCUUUACAAUCUCAUAUUAUUAAACGGGUAUUUCAUGGUCUUUUACGUAAUCGUACUGUUAUCCUUGCAACCCUUGUUGGACUUUCUGAAUUAAAACCGGAUAGAUUGUUUACAGUAUAUAAGGAUGGAAUUGUUGUAGAAGUGGAAUCACCAAAAACGGAAAAUCCAAAUCAGAAAUCCAAACCAAAUAAAAAAAUUGCAAAUCUCUAUGCUGCAGAACGUGAAGAACCAGAAGUGAUUCAUUCAUCCGAUGAUGAUGAUAGUGAUAGUGAUACCGAUAGUGAUAGUGAUGGAGAUUACAAUAAUGAUUUUGGUACUAAUAAUGAUCGUAAGAAAGUCCAUGCUUUAGGGUUUAAUCGUCUCACUCAUAGUAGGACGCAAUUACAUCGUUUUAUAUCACUCAUGGGACCAAGUUUAAUAUGGUUAAUGCUUAGUAAUAUUACACAACACGUAUUACAAGUUGGUAGAGAUGUCUGGCUAAGUCUUUGGAUUUCCACAAGACCAACAAGUCCUACAGUAUUUUUGCUUCUCUACUUUCUUGUAGGAGCGGCGGCAGCAUUAUGUACUAUUCCACGAAUACGUAUGUUUUUCUACGCCGUACGUAAAUCUAUUAAUCAUAUUCAUUUUGUAGCUAUUGAACGUAUGUUUCGUGCCCCAGUAUCCUACUUUGAUGUAAACACAGGUAGUAGUAUAACGACUAUAUUUAGUCGUGAUCAAGAAACUGCAGAUCACAGUGUAGGUGAAUCAUUAGAUGCUAUUACCACAGGAUUACUACAAAUGAUGGCUAUUGCCUUUUUUAAUGCGGUGGUAAAUCCAUGGUUUAUUCUUAUCAUUCCUCUUACUGUAUUUCUUUUCUAUCAUGUUAUUGAACGUUACUUGGCUGUGGCAAGACAAUUACGUCGUUUAGAGAAUAAAUCCGUUCGAGGUCCUGUAACGAUAUUAUGGGAAGUCCUUGAAGGAACGCCAGUAAUUCGAUGUGUGGGAUUGAGAGAUACCAUACGUGAGGAGUACUGCAAGGCAAUGGAUGUUGCCAACACUGCUAGUAUUAUUAGUCACAUGACGAAUUGCUGGGUAAGUUUAAGAUUAGAGUUUAUUACUGUAAUGAUGACAACUACAGCUGCACUGCUUGGGGCUUUAUUCGCUUCUUAUAUAAUGACUCCCGCCUUUGCUGGAGUGGCGGUGGUGUGUUGUUUGCAGACCUCACAAACACUAUCGAGACUCUGUCGGAGUAUUGGGGACUUUCAACUGCAGUUUGUGAGUGUGGAACAGUUGUUUGCACUGCAGAAGGCACCAGAGGAACCUCUUGUCAUUCCAAUUACUACUACAAGUACUACUACGAUGAUAAUAAAAGAAGAAGAAGAAAAUAAGAAUAAUGAUAAUAACGAUAACAAGGAGAAGGAUGGAAUUCAUAAAGUGGAAAUCCAUGUAUCUAUGGAAACAAGCGAUACGGUUCAACAACAACAACCAAAAGAAGAAGAACAACAACAUAAACAUCCAUCUGUUCACAUUGAAGAGGAUAAGAAAAUAGUAAAAAAGAAGAAAAAGAGGGAAGAAAAAGAAAAUGUAAAACAAGAAACAGAAAACAUCUCAUCAUCACCGUUAUUGGAACUUGUAAAUAUCUCUGCAAAGUACCGUGAGUCCUUACCAUAUGCUAUGCAUCAUGUGAAUUUAAGAAUAUAUCCAAAAGAGCGUAUUGGUAUUAUUGGACGCUCUGGGGAUGGAAAGUCCACACUAUUUAAUAUACUCCUGCGGCUUGUGGAUGUGUUGGAGGGGGAUGAAAUUCAAUUGUGUGGAAAUGACACUCGAUCUAUUCCAUAUCCCGCACUGCGACGCCGGUUUAUGUUAGUGCUGCAAGAUCCUCUCAUUGUAAGAGGCACGUGGCGGAGUAAUCUCCUCCUAGGCUCAACAACAACAACAACAACAACAAACACUAUUAGCACUAUUAACACUAUCUCAACAGCUUCUCCUUUCAUCAUACCAACAGGAGAAGAAAGAGAAGUAGAAGAUAUAAAUAGACAUGAUUUCUCAGAUGCGGCACUGUGGGCUGCACUGCGUAGGGUCAAUCUAGACACACUCGCCGCCCAACACGGUGGACUAGACGCCCCACUGCACCAACCACCAUCAUCCGCACAAUAUCAACAACAACAACAACAUUAUCAUUAUCAUUAUCAUUAUCACUGCGGAAAUGUACGGCUUUCAGCGGGUCAACGACAAUUAUUAUGGCUUGCCCGUGCAGUCCUACAUCAACCGGAGAUUUUAUUGCUUGAUGAACUGCAAUUGGCAGCUGCAGCGGCGGAGGUGGAGUCUGUUGUGCAGCGUGUGCUUACGGAGGAUUUGCGGGACUGCACAGUGUUGUUGAUUGCCCAUCAGGUGCAGACAAUAGAGGCGUUGUGUACACGAGUGGCUGUGGUAGAUAAAGGGAGUGUCUCGCAGGUGCUGGAGGUGCGGCCGCAGGCAGCGCAAUGGACAGCAAUGAAGAAGAGACUGGAACGUUUGGUGGAGUGA